UGCCUUUGGUUGACUCUGAACGCUACUGUACAGAUUACCAAGUGAAUUUGCAGACUUUCAAAAAGUUCGCAACUUUAAACUGCUUGACGCACUGUGUACAGACAGACAGUUUACUUAGAUUUCAACCCUCUGUGAACCGAGUCUAGCACAGUUAAGUCUUUCAGUUAUUUUUUCACAUCAUGUUUCGUCCUGUAACACCAUUGUCCGACAAGGACAUGGAAGGAGCAGAUGUUGAAAAUAUGGAUUUUAUUCUGCCGAAUGCUGUGCCGAACUUUGACUAUGUCCUUGAUAUCGGACUUUCGUCACAAGUCGGGCGCGCUGCCGGUUGUUUAAAUCCAUGUGGAGGAGAGGAGGAUGAUGAGGAGGAGAUGGUGGAUGUUUAUCCAACACAUGAGGCGAAACGCCAAAGAGUGUUGGGAUGUGAUGACCGUGGAAUGGAUUUUGUUCUUCCGUGUGCUGUCCCUGAAAUUGUCCCGAACAACGGACAUUUGUUAGACAGACGCGCCGGGAGUUCACAUCCACGAGGAGGAGUAAAGGAGUUUACUCCUGCAUUUGAGGAGGCGAACAGCCCCACAGAAAAAUGCAAGAAUACAAUCUUUAAAUCAAUAAAGAAGGGGUGGAAGAAUGUAAAGCAGCCAUUCCUUCGUAAUGAUAAAGUGGAAACACUGAUUCCUUCAGAGCUUAAUGCGGAUUCAGCUAAUCCUAAUCUAAAGGAAGAAGCUGGUCUGGCCAGCUCUGAAUUAAACAAUAAGAUCAAACCGGAAAAACAACGAAUGGCAUUCUUUGACCGUCUCCGGAGGGGCAAGGUGGAGUCAGUGCCGACUCCCCUGCUUAAAGCGGAUCCAGCUAUCCCUGAUGUUAGGGAAGUUGUUGAUCUAGCAUCACAGUCAAAGACCUACGUUGUUCCGAAGAAACAGAAACAAAAGGCUUCAAAGAGCCGCAAAUCUAACCUCCAGGGAGAAAAAGUGACUGUUGUGCCAACUCAACAGCCCAAGGCCAUUUCAGAUAUUCCUGUUGGCAUGGAUGUUCCUGAUCUGGCCUGCCCCCAAUCAAAACCAAAGAUUUGUCCGGAUAAAGGCAUGACAUUGUGGGAACGCUUGCUUGGAUGCUUCCAGAGGGGCAAAGUGGAGUCGAUGCCGACUUCACAGAUUGAGGCCGAUCCAGCUAUCCCUGAUGCCAGGGAAGUUGUUGAUCUGGCAGAUUCUCAAUCGAAGAGUGUUGGCUUAAAGAAACACAAACAAAAGGCUUCAAAGAGCCGCUUAUUUCACAACCCUUUGAGAAAAAAAGGUAAAAAAGUGAAAAAAGAUGCCGAUCCAGCUAUUCCUGAUGCCAUGGAUGGUGCGGAUCUGGCCAGUUUUGGUGGCAUCGCUGCAGCCAAUGCCAGGCUACAGACGUUAGGUGCCAUUACAGAGAAUAUUGGGUUAAAAGGUGGCGGAAAUCCCGACCCAAAUAAAGCAAAAAAUCCUGGGUCAAAAGAAGAUGGAAAUCCUGGGGCAAAAGCCCUUGAAAAUCCCAGAAAUCCCUUACCAGAAGAUGAUAAAGUUGUCAGGCCAAAAGUAAUAAAUGUUUUUCAACAAGCUUUUGAACCGCCAAGCGAGAAGAAAGCAGCUGAUCUCUCAGUGCCUAAAGACACUUUUGAUUCUAAAUAUCAACUCUUGAAGGAUGAAGUGCUUGGGGAAGGUGCCUUUGGCAAAGUGUACAAAGGGAUCCGUAAAUCGGAUGGCACUCCGGUUGCCAUCAAGCAAAUAAGCAAACGAAAGAAUGAAAGCACUAUUCAGAUUCCUGGAUACCCCAAACCGCUCAUUACAGAAGUGGCGCUGAUGCUUAAGUUAAGAGAUGCGCCCUCAUGCACCAAUAUCAUACAGUUGUAUGACUGGUACGACACUAAACACUUUUGCAUGCUCAUGUUGGAGUACCCACUGCACAGCGAAUCCUUGAUGCAAUUUGUUAAGCGUGAAGAAAAACUAAGUGAAAAUACAGCUAGACAUCUCAUGCGUCAGGCGAUACGGGCAGUGAAACACUGUCUGGAUAAUGGAGUUUUCCAUGCCGACAUCCAUUGCGGAAACUUCUUGGUGCAGCAAUCAACAAUGAGCCUGAAGUUAAUUGACUUUGGGUCUGGACUUUAUCUGACGCAUGAUGAUGGCUAUGACUUUAGUGGAGCUUCAUUCGAGGCCGUGCAAGAUAACGUCUGGGCCUUAGGUGAUGUGCUGUACUAUAUGGUGCAUGGAUCUUUCAUGAAUCAGAGGAGAACUAUGAAUCGUUUAUCAAAGGAAAUCAGCAAUCUGUUAAGAUGGUGCCUGGCCGAGAAUCCAAGUGAUCGUCCGACGCUCAAGCAGAUCUUAGAUCAUGACUGGUUUAAAACUAAGUCUGACGAAGAAGAGCUACUCGUAUACAAAAUGAGGGCACUAUCCACACAAAAAUAAAAAGGAUGAAGCUGAAUGACUGAAGGAGAGGGGAAUGAUUGGAGAUGCUGUUUUCAUCAUUCUGAGACAUAUGGAGUUUGCUAAUCAUGUUUAUGGAUAAAUAAGUUUCUACAACCAGAAAGCGAGAAUAGCACCGACAUUAAAAGGGCCACAAUUUCUCAGGAGUAACCCAUUUUUGCAUAAUGUUUUAUUUCAGCCUCAGACUUCAUGAUCACAGACCGCUGGCUGAACGUCUGAUGCAGAUCCUGUCUCAUCCUUGAACAGAUUAAAAAAAAUGUUUAAAUUCUUAAUGUUUUUAUAUUUUAAUGUGUAGUUUCUAAUAUAUAGUUUAUCCUCUAUAGAAUCAGCUAUGUCUGGCUCUCUCUCUCUAGGGUUGUUUUUCUCCUAGGAGUUUAGGGAGUCAGGUUUAUUAAUGUAAAGCUGCUUUGAAAUAAUUAAACAAUUGUGAAAAGUGCUACAGUAUAUAAAUAAAAGUGAACUGAUAUGGAAGACUUUUCUUAUCUUUUUUAUUUGAUCAAACUGAUUAAAUAAACUGAUUGGGUUACUUAUGUACAUGUCCAAUAUCAAACCCUUGACCUUGGUAUAAAAUACUGGGAGUUAACGUAGUAAAUCCAAUCAGACACAAUGUUAAACCUGAUGCUGUUUUAACUCAAAUAAAUAAGUACACUUGACCUAAACCUUAAAAUAUACCCUUCUUUACUCAUUUGCAUGAUUUCUCUCAAUCAUCAAGACAUUUUGAUUAACUUAUUUUAUUUAAAUCUGUGGAUUGAACAUUUCACCAAUCAUGCAUAAAUUAAACUGCUACUCUGCAGCUAUUUCUGUUAUCACUGUUGGCUUUUAUUUUUGUUGUAAAGUUAAGAGCUGAUUAAAAGUACAUUACUUUACGAAAUACAUGUAAUAAAUAUUUAUGAUAAUAUAAUCGCAAUUAAAUGAAUCUAGAAUAAACUUCAGCUAAAGCCACAGAAAUGAUUGAAGUGCUCGAAACACCUGCUGGGGAAAACAUAAAAGCAACAAGAUCUCACUCCAAACAUUUUGCACUUUU